GGUGGGUUGAUACUUAUAGAGGUCACUAGAUGGCGCUGAGCACCGGGAGGAACUUAAAACCAUUAUGAGACAAAUGCUGCAGAAUAAAUACUGCAGUUGAGCUGAACAGAAGCUAAAGUUUUCGUCUCAUUGUUUCUAUAUACAGGUGGGUUAAUGUUCCUCAAAAUGGUAUGCAUGUAUCUCAGUAUAAGAGAUAAGAGUGUUGUGAAUCGGAUUUAAAAUCACAAUCAUCCCCCCUGACACUCACCAGGCCAGGGGGGCAACAAUUUUGGGGGCUCGUCCGGGAUUAGCGCCUUGUCCUGAUGGCAGCUAAUCACCAAUAAAUGAACCUGACAUCAAGUUCCUGGACCAACGUGCUACACCAGCGAUUCCUGAGGGGAAGAGAUGUCUGCGCUACAAGAACUGCGUAGGGGAAUCCAGAGGCAGCUUCAUCAGCUGAUCAGCUCCGCCAAGACAGAUGUACUCCACAAGCUGGCAGCCUCCAUCAAGGAUGAGGUGGGGGAAGAUCUACCAGGGGAUGAUGCAACGGAGGUGGAACUCUAUGACUUCAUCGUGGACUUUUUAAAAGGUAACGAGUUGGCAAGUCAAGAGGACCAAGGCAUGACCCGCCUGCUAGUCUUCAACGAUCUCAUCACUGAACUGCAACAACCUCCAGCGGCUGCAGAAGAGCAACGUGAGUUACUGGCAGAGACUGAAUCAUUAGUGGCACCUUCAGUUGUGAAUGUUAAGGCAGACAAAUUAUCAGUUGUAGCCAGCCAGGUAACUGAUGUGAUAAAGCUGACAGAUGUUGCUGCUUUACUGCCUCGAAGAGAAUUCAAGAUAUACAGUGGCCAGAUUUCUGACUCAGAUUCUGAUGUUAGCUAUAGCUCACUGUGUAGGCAGAUUGAUGAAGGGAUAUCUGAGAAUUUCUCUGAGGCAGAAGUAAUUCGUACUGUUCUAAAGAUAAUUAAGCCUGGUACUUUCAAAGACAUGCUGACGACCAAAGUUGGGUUAACUGUAGCUGAGCUUAAACGUUUCCUCAAAGCACACUUACGAGACAAGAGUAGUGCAGAGCUAUUUCAGGAGCUUAGCAAUACCAAACAACUUUUGCUUUUUAAUGUGCCACGAGUUACAACCGAAUUGGGAAAAACUGCCUUUUCUUAUUUAGCACCUUGGGGGUGGAAUAAUCUACAAAAAGAGCUAAAGUUAGAAACCCUUAUGUCCUUAAAUGAAUUUAAAACUACUAUAAAGAGUGUUGUGAUGGAGACAUGUUCUUGUUUUUCUUAAGAGUCUCAUUGUGUUUUAUAUUUUUAUUUUUAAUAUUUUGUACUUCUUUUAUUGUUAAAAUGUACUUUAGUGUUUGUUAUGUAUGCAUUUGUUGUGAUUUGGCUGCUACCUUGGCCAGGUCUCUCUUGUAAAAGAGAUUCUGAAUCUCAAUGGGACCUCCUGGUUAAAUAAAGGUAUAAUAA